UUUAAUUCAGAAAACAUCGAAUUAUUUUCUUACUAUUAAUAGUUUGAAAAUAUUUCGAAUAUUUCAAGGUGGUAGAUAUUAACGAAGAAAAGAAAAAUAUUAGUGAUCAUUAAAAAGUGAAUGUGAAUAUUUAUCUGUUCAAAGUCAGCGGAUUUUACCAUGACGACAGAAGAACAAUUUCAAGCGGCUGUUAAUGUAAUCAGGAAUUUGCCAAAAAAUGUCCUUUAAUUUUAGGAGCAUAUCAACCUAGCAAUGAAAUUAUGCUACGUUUUUAUGCAUAUUAUAAACAAGCAACAGAAGGACCAUGUCAACAACCAAAGCCAGCUUUUUGGGAAGUGGUUAAAAAGGCAAAAUGGGAUGCUUGGACACGUUUGGGAAAUAUGAGUAGAACAGAAGCUAUGAAUAAUUAUGUAGAAGAAUUAAAAAAGAUUGUAGAAACAAUGUCUUACACAGACAAAGUAGCUAAUUUUUUAGAUAGUUUAGAUUCAUUUUGUGAAAGUGUUCCACCUGAAGAUUUGGAACUACUUCUUGGUCCUGUAUUAGAACGUAUGCGUUCACAACCUGGAAUGCCAUUAUCUGGUUCUCCUUUAGCAUCAAGAGAAACAUCACCACAUAGAGUUUGUAAUAUAACUCGACAUAUUGCAAGUAGUUUAGAAACUAGCCCAGCCACUAGCCAUGGUACAAGUCCACCUGAUACUGAUGGUGAAGAAGAAUUUAUAGAUACUGUUGAAUCAGCUCCAGAACGAAUACAAAAAGAUACAACAAAAACCUCUAAUGUUAUUCAGAAAAUGACUAAUGGCUUAAAUAUUUCUACUGAAAAAAUUAAUGAAUUAAUUCCUCAAAAAGAAAAUUCUUCGGAGUUAAUUAAUGGAUACACUAAUACAAAUGGUUAUACAGAACCACUAAUAGAGAAUAAACAAGAAAGAAAUAAACAACGAAUUAAAAAAGAUGAAAAAUCCAAUGAUGAAUUUUUUAAUCAAAUAGCUACAACUAUGCAAAAUUUGCAAAGAGAUUUAGAUCGAAUAACGACCAGAGUACGCAGUUUAGAAGGACAAACAUUACAGGCAUUGGCACCAUCAAUAAUACAUAAACAGCCUACUUCAUAUCCAAAAUGGUGGCCUUUACCAGAAUGUUCACCGCGAUUAUUCACUAUCUUAAUUAUAUGGCCGUUUAUAACACAGUUUUUGAUUUCUUUAAUACAACGUUAUCGUCAACGAAGGCUGUGAUUUAAACAUUACCACUAUUUCAUUCAAAGUAUAUUCCAUUAUUUAAUAUUAGGUAAUGAAUUCACAUUAAUGUUGAAUUCAAAUAAUAUAGACAUUUUCUAAGAAUUAUUAAUUUAAACGCGUAUUUGGCCAAAACUGCGAUUCGUGUAGAUUGCAUUUAUAAGCGAAUAAUCAAUCGUAUAAAAGUUUUAAAA